AUGCUCCGUGCCCUUUCUAUUGCUAUGCUUGCCCUGGCGGCCGUUGCCCUGCCUCACAACGCCUGCACCCUCGAUUGCAAGCUGGAGAAACCGGAAUGUGCUUCUGGAAUGGUUGCCUCUGGCGGACCCGGCUGUUGGGGAUGUUGCGUGGACAUGCCCGAAGAGAUCAAAGAGGCCCCUCAAAUGUGCACUCUUAAGUGUGCACUGGAGAAGCCGCAGUGUGCUGCUGGAAAGGUGGCCUCCGGAGGUCCUGGCUGUUGGGGAUGCUGUGUAGAUAAGCCCGAAGAGGCCGAAGAGACCAAGGAGACCCUGGAAGUCUGCACUCUUCAGUGUAAGCUGGAGAAGCCACAGUGUGCUGCCGGAAAGGUUGCCUCGGGAGGACCAGGCUGCUGGGGAUGCUGCAUGAAAGCUCCCGAGUCAAACCCGCAGGUCUGCACUGCCGACUGUAAACUAGAGAAGCCGCAGUGCACUGCUGGAAUGAUUGCCUCUGGAGGACCGGGAUGCUGGGGGUGCUGCAUGGAGGCUCCUGAGGAGAGCCAGACUGAGAAGAGCCAGAACUGA